AUGAAAGCACCUUGCAGGAUCGAAGGUUCUUCGAAGCAAGUUCCAAUACCCGAAUAUGGUAUUGAAAAAGAUGUACGAGUUUGCUUGGCCUGUUAUGAUCGAAUAACUGGAACAGGAAGUGUUAAACCAAGAACAUCGUCUGUUGAACAACAGUCAAACACAUUUGCAUCAUCGGCUCCAAAAGUUCCGCAAAAAACUCAGAGUGAAUUAGAGGAAGAAGAAGCAUUCCAAUUAGCAUUAGCCAUUUCACAGAGCGAAGCUGAAGAUAAAGAGCAUCAGAAAAAAAUGUUAACUCAACGAUACGCUAUGUCAAGUAUAAAUAAUGAUGUACCAUUAACCUCAUCAUCAUCUGUAAACAUAAGUACGCCAAUAGUUUCUGCGCCACUUGCUGAAGAAGAUGAGGAAAAAGAUCGAUUUUCACACGGAGAAUUAUCGAAAUAUUUGGAACGAUCAUAUUGGGAACAGAAACAUCAGGCUCUAUCAUCAGGUAUCCCUUUGGAGGAUGUUUCAACGACAGCGAACGUCAGUCAAAUUAAAGCACCACAAUUACCUGAUGCGAUGAAUAAUUAUGUUAGUGACAGCGAAAUUGAUGACUUUGUUAAUUUGGUUAAUGAUAAUAUCAAUAAUAUUAAAUUUCGUAUGUUAAGUAAUCAAAAUCGUGGUAGAAAUAUUACAAAUGACACAGCUGUACAAUCGGUGUUUCUUAUAUUACAAGCGUUUCAUCCAGAAUUACAUAAAUAUAUGAAACUGUUGGAAGAUAAACGAACUUAUUAUGAGAGUUUACAAGAUAAGUUGGGUCAAUUAAAAGAUGCCCGUGAAGCGUUAAAUGCAUUAAGAACUGAACAUUAUGAACGUAAACAACGUGAACAGUAUGAACGUGAAAGACAAAGACAAAUAGUUAUGGCACAAAAACUGGAUGUAAUGCGACAGAAGAAACAAGAGUAUCUUGAAUAUCAACGACAAUUACAUCUUCAACAAUUAGCCGAGCAGGAACUUGAAAUGCAAAAACGUUUGGAACAACAGCGUCAUUAUGCUUUAAUGCGUGAUCAACAACAAAAUUCACAUUCUAUUCCAACAUUACUAUCUAAUCAACAACAAACAAAUAAGUAUGAUAUGGCUACAAAUCAGCAGCCAUAUAUGUAUCAAAAUGCAAUGCAUUCUUCAAAUUCAAUAAUUGAUACUCAUGUAAAAAAAGACAGAGAAGACUAUCAGUCUCAGUUCUACGGCAAUUCUCAACCGGUGUACAAUGUCCCAUCUCUUUCACAAGAACUAAAUUCUCGCUAUUCUACAACUACAAAUAAUUAUCAUGAUCCUUCACGAUUGGUAGCAUCAAAUAUGCCUGCUCCAACUAUACUAUCAACACUUCCUUAUCAAAUGAAUAGACAAAAUUAUCAUCAACCUCAGCAAAUGUAUUCUGAAAUUCAGCCAGCGGUAGCCCUAGUAAUGCAACCUGAGCCACUAUUAAUUUCGUUUGACUAA